AUGGAACUAUUUCGUCAACGUUUACUUCAAAGUACAACAAAACAAUCUGAUUUAAUUGAUAUAUUUUCAGUUAUUGAUCGAGAUCAUUCUGGUCGCAUAACAUUUGAAGAAUUUCGUGCAGCAAUUAAAUCUCUUCAACUUGGAAUAAAAAAUGAUCAAGAAAUAAAAAAUCUUUUUCGUCAAUUUGAUACAACAAAUAAUGGACAAAUUGAUCUAAAUGAAUUUCUUCAACAAGUACGACCAGCUAUGAAUGAACGACGUCAAAAAACUGUUUUAAAUUUAUUUAAUUCUUUGGAUGUUGAUAACGAUGGAACAUUAACAAUGCUCGAUCUUAAAACAAAAUAUGCUGCACAAAUCAAAGCUAAUAAGAAAAAAACAGAUCAAGCUGUCAACCAGGCACUUCAAAAUUUUUUAAAUAAAUUCGAUACACGUGGUCAAGAGGAUGGUAUCAUUGACAAAGAAGAAUUUCUCGGAUUCUGUUCAAUGCUUAGUGCUACAGUCAAAGAUGAUGUCUACUUUGAAUAUGUACUUCGAACAUUAUUUGAUUUUCGUCUCUAA